CUCAGAAAUUAGCAGAAAAAAUAGUGAAGAAGAUCUCUCUCUCUCUCUCUUUCUCAUCUCUUCCUGUAAAAAGAAGAGAUGAAAGAAGAAGAAAUACUAACCCUAAAUCCUACUUCAUCUUCAUCUUCUUUGCCCUCUUUGGAGAUACCUUCAGAAGAUGCUUGGGUUAAUACAUCUCAAAGAUUACUUCCUCAGUGGCAGCAGCACUCUGUCACUACUUCUUCCUCUCAGCCACCGAUACCGAUUUCGAUAUCUAGAGUGAAUCAAGUGGAUGCGGCAAGAUUAGAUAUCGAGAUAUCGGGGAUGUUGAAAGAACAAUUAGUUAAGGUUUUCAAUUUGAUAAAGCCAGGGUUCUUAUUUCAGUAUGAACCAGAGCUUGAUGCUUUUCUCGAGUUUCUCAUUUGGAGAUUUUCGAUAUGGGUGGAUAAACCUACUCCUGGAAAUGCUUUAAUGAAUUUGAGGUAUAGAGAUGAAAGUGCCACCACCAUGACAGGGAAAGAAGUAAGAACGGGGCUUGAAGGACCUGGACUCACCAUGUCUAAGAAGAUAUGGUACUGUCUUGCUACUGUAGGCGGUCAGUAUUUUUGGGCCCGCUUGCAGUCCUUCUCUGCCUUCCGUAGGUGGGGCGACUCUGAGCAGAGGUCACUGGCGCAUCGAACGUGGGGGAUGGUACGUCAUUUAGAGGGAUUUUAUAGAGCUGCCUCCUUCAUCAACCUUCUGAUAUUUCUUUACAAAGGAUGGUACAGGAGUCUUAUCGAGAGAGCUCUGAAAGCAAGGCUUGUAUAUGGGAGCCCUAACAUGAACCGUGCUGUUAGCUUUGAGUACAUGAAUCGCCAGUUAGUGUGGAACGAAUUCUCGGAGAUGCUGUUAUUAGUUCUUCCACUUCUUAACUCAUCAUCAAUCAGAAAAAUUCUUCUUCCAUUCUCCAAGGAUAAAUCUUCUGGUUCUGAGGAUGUAACUGCUUGCCCCAUUUGCCAAGCAAAUCCAACUACUCCAUUCCUUGCCCUCCCUUGUGAACACAGGUAUUGUUACUACUGCUUAAGGACACGAUGUGCUGCUACCCCAUCAUUCAGGUGUUCUCGAUGCAAUGAACCGGUUGUUGCAAUUCAACGACAUGGAGGACCAACAAAAAGCACAGCUCCCAGUAGUUGAUUUUACUUCUUCAAAGAUAAUAAGAUUAAAACGAGGUGGGAUUUCCUUUCUCAUUAUCUGCACUAUUUAUUCACCCUCCAGUGGGAUUUCUUCUUCCUUAGUGGCUAUUCUUUUCUUGAAUUUAUUUCCCAAACUUCCCUCUCCUCAACUCAACAUUCUCACAAAGGCUGAAGUCUGAUAGGCAAAAAGAAAAAAAAAAAGAAAAAAAAAAGAAGUGUUACCUGUUCAAUAAAACGGGAGCUUGUGUUUCUAGUAGUUUGGGGAGUCUGUCGUAUUUGCUCUUUCACUCUACAUCAUCAGAAGUUGUCGAUCCUCCUUGAGCACCUGAAGUACUUGGUUGCUACUAACGUAAAGCUGACAACCCUUCUUCUGGGUUAAUUUUUAGUUUAGUAUAUCAUGUUCUGUGUUACAGAUGUGUGUAUUUAAUAAUGUCAGUAGAUUACUUGCAAUACGGGGUCAAGAAAUUCCUCGUUGUAGUCUUUAAUUCUCGUAUAUGUAGAAUCCACCCUGCUGUUUGUGUAGUAUUUGCAAGACAUGCUAUUCUUUGGGGUGUUAAGAUUACUCGAAUUCUUAAUGCAAAUCAUGGGUCAGAAUUUGUAUAUGAUAUUACCAUGGUGGCUGCUAGUAUAUAUUGCUUGAACGGUGAGUAUGGAACU